AUGAAAAAUGGGAAUGGCUUGCCAUCAGAACAUCGAAUAAAAAGAAAAAACAAAUUAGAACCUGUGCGAAUUUCAAAUCCAGCCAAUUCUCAGCAUGAAGAAUAUUUCAUUACUAAAUAUUCGAGAACGAGCUCGGUUGAAGCAAAAUUAACAAGAAAAUCAAUCCAUCAACAGAACAGCAGAUGGCGAAACUGA